AUGCCUAUGAAUUGCCUUGAAGAUGUUGACCAGGAGCGGUACGAGGAGGUGUUGGUGGUGCCGCCAUGGACGGCCAGGAGAUCAACGUCCGAAGGUGCAAGUCCGAGGAAUGGGACUCUGGUGCUUGCUAAGGAGAGAACUCGCCGGCAAGAUUGGUUUAACGGUUUUAACCUUUACAAAGGUGGCUGGAAUAUCAGCAACGCGUCUUAUAUAACGUCAGUUAUGUCUACUGCGUUUCCUUUUUUCGUUGUGGCUGCAGUCUGGUUCGUGAUUUUUGGAGCUGUUUUACUUAUCGGCUGUGCUUGUUGCUGCUGUUGCAACGGAGGAGAGCCAAGCGACUAUUCUAAAUUUGUCCAUUAUUUUUCGUUGUUCUUGCUUGUCCUCAGCACCAUUACCACAAUAGGUGGAUGCGCUCAGUUGUACUCUGGUCAGGGGAAGAUUGAUGGAACCACUUCCGAGACACUUGAUUACGUUUUGAAUCAGGCACAAUUCGUGGCUGAAAACCUCAACACCAUAUCAAAUUAUUUCGAUUCAGCUAAGCACGUUGUGAGGGAGCCUCCUCUGCCACUAGACAUAGAUCUUGGACCGGACCUUGAUGACAUCAAAUUAAAAAUAGACCGUGCUGCUGACACUCUCUCCAACAAGGUUACCGCUAAUUCAAAGACCAUACGCAAAGCCAUAGAUGUAGUAAGACUGGCUCUCGUUAUUGUUGCUGUUGUUUUGUUCUUUGUUGCAUUUCUCCGGCUCUGUAUGUUUGAAUUUGUCUUAUUCUUUUCUGGACCAUAUGCUAAGUGUUUAUCAGAUUAUAUAGGAUCUCAUUUGGGUUUCGUGUGUAUGCAGUCUUUUGUUUACUUGGGUGGAAGUGUCCAGUGUACUCUGUUUUCUUGUGGCUGCAGCUUGGUAGUUAUUGGAUGGAUUCUUGUCACUUGUACCUUGGUACUUUGUGCUGCAUUUAUUUUUGUUCAUAAUAUGACUGGAGAUACAUGUGUUGCGAUGGAUGAAUGGGUUGUGAACCCCACCGCCCACACUGCACUGGAUGACAUAUUUCCAUGCUUGGAGAAAAAAGCUGUACUGGAAACAUAUUUAAGUAGCAAGAUCCUCACAUAUAAAAUCGUUGAAGCAUUUGACGAAGUCAUUUCCAACUUCACGAACUCAAAUACUCAAUCAGGCCCCCUCGUCCCUCUUCUCUGCAAUCCAUUUAAUUCAGACCUAACAAGACGCAACUGCUCUUCAGGGGAAGUCACAUUCCAAAACGCCACCCAGGUUUGGAAAAACUUUACGUGCAAGGUUUCGUCAAGUGAAAAAUGUACGAGUGCAGGUCGUUUGACACAGAGCAUUUACACGAAACUGGGAGAUGCAGUGAAUGUGACGUACGGUUUAUUUGAGUAUGGGCCAUUUUUUGUUGACUUAGUUGACUGCAGUUUUGUUCGGAAAACGUUCAAGGACAUUAGCACCCAUUAUUGUCCACCUCUGCGAAGAUAUUGUGAACAGGUUUAUUUGGGAUCAGUUCUGGUUUCUGCAGCAGUAAUGCUCUCUUUGAUAUCUUCGCUCUUCUUUGUCAGAGAGCAGUGGAUGUUUCUUCACAACAAUGGUGUUCUUUAGUCAGACACAGCAGUUGCUAUUUGAGGAAAAAAAAAUUCGUGUGUAAUAGAAAUUUU